CCCCCUCCCCGCUCUCCCCUCUCCACCCGUUCCGGCCCUCACCGUUCCCCUUCCCCCAUCCCGCUCUUUUUCUUUUUCUUUUUUUUUCAGUUUUAUUUUCACCGUUUCCCCGCGAUUUUCCCCCAUUUCUUCCCUCCCUCCUUCCCCCUCACCAUGUCGGAGUCUCUGGGCUGGUGCCUGGAGGCCGUGAGGGCCGCGGCGGAGCCGGCGCUGUCGCGGGCGCUGCAGGCGCUGCGGGGCCGCCACACGCGGCGGGCGGGGGGCCCCGCUCGGAUCCGGGAGCGCGGAGGCCUCGGGCCGCUGCUGGAGCUCGUGGGGCCCGAGCAGCCCCGGCGGAUCCUGGAGCUGGCGCUGAGCGUGAUCGGGAAUUGCUGCACCGAGCGCGGCUGCCGGCGCCAGGCCCGGAGCCUCGGAGGGGUCCCGCGCUUGGUGUCCGUGCUGGCGCUGAGCUCUGCCCCCGAGAGCGUCCGGAAUCGCGCUGCCCGAGCUUUGGCCAACCUGGCCCUGGAGCCCGACGGAGCCCGAGAUGUGCUGGAGGCUGGUGCUCUCCCCCUGCUGAUCUCGCUGACCUCCACCUGCAGCACCUCCGGCUGCCUCCUGAGCGCCGCCCGCGCCCUCCGCAUCCUCGGCACCCCCCAAAUCUCCCAGAACGGCCCCAAAACCGCCCGGAACGGCCCCAAAACCGCCUGGAAUCGCCCCAAAACCGCCCGGAACGGCCCCAAAACCGCCCGGAACCGCCCCAAAACCGCCCGGAAUUGUCCCAAAACCGCCUGGAAUUGCCCCAAAACCGCCUGGAACCGCCCCAAAACCGCCUGGAUUCACCCAAAACCGCCCGGAACGGCCCCAAAACCGCCCGGAUUCACCCCAAAACCGCCCGGAUUCGCCCCAAAACCGCCUGGAAUCGUCCCAAAACCGCCAGGAUUCACCCCAAAACCGCCCGGAUUCACCCCAAAACCUCCUGGAUUCGCCCCAAAACCACCUGGAAUCGCCCCAAAACCGCCUGGAAUCGUCCCAAAACCGCCAGGAUUCACCCCAAAACCGCCCGGAAUCGCCCCAAAUCCGCCUGGAAUUGCCCCAAAACCACCCGGAAUUGCCCCAAAACCGCCUGGAACAGCCCCAAAACCGCCUGGAAUUGCCCCAAAACCGCCCGGAUUUGCCCCAAAACCGCCUGGAUUCACCCCAAAACCACCUGGAAUUGUCCCAAAACCGCCUGGAUUCACCCCAAAACCGCCUGGAAUCGCCCCAAAACCACCUGGAAUCGCCCCAAAUCCACCCGGAAUUGCCCCAAAUCCACCUGGAUUCACCCCAAAUCCACCUGGAUUCACCCCAAAUCCGCCCUCCCCUCCCCCCCAGAGCCGCCUCCAGGCCACCCAGGCCCUGGCUGGACGUUUGGCCGCUCUGGACCGCGCUGACCCCUCGUGUCCGGCGCUGGCCCGAGCCCUGCGGGGGCUCCUGGCGGUCACUCCGUGUCCGGUGGCCGUGGCCGAGGCCGUGCGGCCGGCCCUGGGCGCUUUGGCCGCUCUGGCCGCUCAGGAGUGGCCGCGGUGGCCGGAGGGGCGAGGGGCGGCGCUGGACACGCUGGCCAUGGUCAGUGCCCGGGGGUGGCUGCGGCCGGAGCUGGGGGCGGCCGGAGCCGUGGAGGCGGCCGUGGCUGCGGUCAGGAGGGGGUUAAAGGGGGGGCCUGGGGGGCGGGGGGGUGAAUUUGGGGGGGGGGACCCUGAAUUUGGGGAGGGGGACCCUGAAUUUGGGGGUGGGAAAGCCAAAUUUGGGCCCCCCACUCCCGGCUCCCGUCACCCCGAAUUUGAGUCGGGGGUCCUCACGCUGUGCCUGCUGUGCCGCGAGGCCGUGAACCGGGCUCGGGUGCGGCGCUCGGGGGGUCUGGGGGCUCUCCUGGGGGUCCUGCGGGACCCCCGAGCGCGGCGCUGGCACCGCCGGGUCCUGCUCGCCUUGGCCGCCUUCGCCUGGGACCCCCCGGCCCUGCGGGCCAUGGAAAAGAAUUUUGGGUUUAAUUAA